ACCCGGAGGAGGAGGUGGCGUUGGCGGCCGCAUCUUGGGCUCGACCAGCCCCUCCAGCAGCGCGUCCAGCUCCUCCAGCCGCUUCCGCGUCUCCUCCGGCGUCUCGCGCCGCGCCGCCUCCUCGCCCCCCUGUCCCGCCGACGAGAAGCUGAUUACCCUCCGAUGCGUCCUCCCCCUCCACUCACGCACGGACCGGACAAGACCGGCCGAAAACGCACCUCCUCCUCCGACGGCGCUCGGAGCGAGCGGGCGGACUGCCACCUGCAUCCUUGCCAGAGGUCGCCCCGGAACCCAAGUGUCAGCAGCGGACCUGUGGACUGUGAUGUCGCGAGCGCGCGCGUGUGUGGAUAACGAUUUUGACCGAUCUAAACGGGCCAAAUGGAUCUAUCAGGUCUUUGACCCACAUUAUUUCAAGUAAGUUAUUAAUGGGCAGGAAUAUGGCCCAAACAAAAAUCAGAGUCCACAAGGGCCUAUGAAGACUAGAUCCACAGUCAGAGUCACCACCAGAUUCGCGUGUAGGGAAAGCUAGCGGAUCGCUCGACGGAAUCCGGAAGGCGGAAGCCACCGAGGCGAGCGGCGAGCGCACGCACCGGCACAAGCACCACACCGCCGCUACCGACUCGACCAUCACUCACCCAAUUCGUGGAGGUGAGAGAUGGCGGCGUCGGGAUCGGGAGGCAACGAGCCCAGCGGACGGCCCUGGACUGCAACCAGCACGUGGACCCCCGGUCCCGCCGGCGGGGCCGUGGCGGACGCUGUCUCGUUUGAGACCUCCGACGACGACGCGGAGGCGUCACCGGCGGGCGUCGUGCUCUGCCACCCGUCGGCCGACUCGGACCGCGACAUGACUCCCUGCCCCUGCGAGGUCACUGUUAGUUUCAGGGGAAAGUAUGAGAUUCACAGGGUAUAUGUGCGAAGCACGGCUCGGAUAUAUGAACUAUACCACUCUCCUGAUGCAAAGGGUACCAGCAAGGAUUAUCUAUGCACUGUGCGUUGUGGACUUGCUGUUAAAGAAACACAGUGCUGUGGUGAAGAAAGUAUGUCACAGUGGACUGGCAGUGCUUUAAACAGUGACAAGCGUGAACAUGAGGCAAAAAGUGUAAGCAGUGCAAGUGAUGAAGAUAGUUGGGUUGAUGUCAAGAUUCCAGAAUCUCCUGCAGGAAAUAAAACACCAGAAUCUCAAGAAAGGAGUGUGAUUCGAACCUGCCGAGAAAAUACUCUGCCACACUAUGAAGCUACUGCUGAGAUGACUGAUGUGAACCCAUGUGUAUCUCUUACUGUACGUCUUCUAUCACUUCAGUCGAAGACAUCCGUGCACAUUGAGGAAAUCUACAUAUUUGCUGAUCCUGUUGAGCCCACCGAUGAUGUUUCAGUAAGAGGUCCUGUAAACAUGGGAGGUAGUUCUUUGCUGGCAAUGCUUGUUCCUGGCCUUAUGCAAAUGUCUAAAUCAAGGAAUUUGAAAAUCGAUGACAGUUAUUUUUCUGACGGAUCAAGGAAUCAAGAAAGCAGCAAAUGUGAAAGCUUUACACAGGAAGCAGGGCCAUGUAGCACAAAUGAUUCAAAACAUACGUCUGCAGGAAUAGAAAAUGGAAUGAACUCUACAGUCGGUGUUUCAGCAUCUGAUGAUAAAAGCAGCCAAGGUGAAUUCCAUUUCAAGGACCCAGAUUCUCUUCCACUCCCUGUACAAACAUUAGAAAGUACACAAGCGCCUUCAGUGAAGAACCAGCAUGAAUUAAACACAGGUUAUCUUGCUAAUCCCAUCAUGAGUGAAAACCUUACUCCUUCUAAUCAUAUUGAGAGAAAGCUGGACACUCUGCUUUCGAAGGUAGAGAAUAUGGAAUUAUUUUGCUCUAGGUUUGAGGACAGCAUGAUAAAGCCCCUUGGUAGCAUUGAGGCAAGGCUUCAGCGACUGGAGGAACAGUUUAGUUCGUUCGCUGUUGAUAUUCAGUCUUUGAGAGAUUAUUCUGCAUUUAGGUCAGCACCAGAUGGUAUGCCUAAUACAAAGAGCUCACAGGAGGAAGCACAUAAUGAUGCUAAUGAUAGAAGUACUUCUACAUCUGACAGGAAGCCAGGUUUAGUUGUCAGGGCGCCAGAUUUUGUGUCAGAUGAUUCAUGUGGUUGUAAUGUGAUAACUAAUGGAAGCCGUGUUAAUUGUCAUGGGCCUAAUGUGGUGCCAAGAAUACUUGUGAAGGCCCCUGAUUUUAUUUCCCAACCUGAGUUAACGGAUGAAAACCUCCAUGACGGACAUGCUCUAUCUUCUGAAAAGGAGUGUAAGACUUCCCCAGGUUUAGUUGUCAAGGUUCCUGAACUCCCAGAUGAUGAUGAUGAUGAUGGAGUCGAAGAUAAGAAACAGGCAGAAGUUUGUGGUGAUGGUGAUGAUCACACAAGGUCUGAUGAUACUCUAAGGAAAAGCACAGCUGGCAACACCAAGAGCAAAAAAUCUGUAUCUAUCAAUGGCGCGUUGGCAUCCGCAUUGGAGGCAUUACUCACUUCUACCAUAGGAACAUCAUAUUCAAAACCUACUAUUUGUGCUACCAGUAAUUUAAGUGCUGAAAAUAUUAAUGGUUUCUUCAGUUGCUCCCCUUGUCCUGAAAAAACUGGCGAGAUGUCCACUAAAGAUGGUUCAGCUGUCCAAAUUCUGGGUACAUCUGGUGAUCCAAAUUUGGUCGGUGCCUUCAUAUCUUCUCAGGAAAUUGAUACAGCUCCACAUAAUUCUCUCUCAAAGGAAAUGUUGGAUAGCAAGGUUGAGAUAAAUGAACAGAACUGUGACAUCAAUACAGAAAAUGUGGCAUUUGUUGCAAUCACAGAACCAUUGGAUGUUCCCUCACAGGCUGAUACAGUUGAGGAAUCUAUUAAUGAUGGAAGUUGGGUGAAUAGACAAAACUAUGGUUCUAAUUUGAAUGCAAUGCCUUAUGCCAUGAACGUUGAACCUUUGGAUCCUCCUAAGCCUCCUACAGUUUCUGAACCUGUUGAUAGUGGAGUUCAGGUGAAUGAAGAUAGACCUUCCAUAUCCUUGGUGGAGUUUCUUGCAGCAAGGAAUGCUAGCUCUUGUAAGAAUGGUACUUCUGAGGUAUGCCUUGGUAAUGUUGCCGCUGAAAAACUGUCUUUUGAGAGAACAUCGGCUGGAGCUGGUAAAAACUCGAAAAAUAUCAGUCAGCUUCUAGUGAAGAAAGCUCUUGAGGUUGAUGCGGACAAGAUAUUUUUUUUGUUUAGUGUACCCAUUGGGCCAAAAUUUGAAGGAUCAAGCAGUCCCACCCCCAGAACUAGUGGGCACAAUAUUAAUAAUACAGAAGAAGCUGUCUCAGAUAAGGAAUGUGGCGUGAAGGAUACCAAGAAUGGAUUUAGGCCCUCUUUGGGGAUGGACUCUAUAUUUUCUCAGUACCAUGCUACAGAUUCUAAGAAAAAUUUGAGUGAGAACAGCAGUUCGGACCGGAUUCUAGAUGAGAGUUUCUCAAAACAGAAUGGAGAACAAUCUCGGUCAAGUCUGAGUAGUAUGGUGUCAUUUAGUGGAGCAUCUGCCACAGAACCCGUUGUUCCAGGGAGUGGCACAUCGGAAAAUUACGUGGAAGAUCUUACAGGCGUUAGAGAUCGUCCUGUUGCAACACUAAAUUCUGGGGAAGAGCUCCAAAAGGUCUGUGAUUUACUUUAUGAGUUUAAGGAUGAAAUGUUGAGGGCCUCCGUAGCGAAGUGUACAAAUAAGAGCAGCCCGUCACUUGAAGCUUUGCUUGCUGAAUCAUCUGAUUCUGAAGCGCAAAUCUCUGAUCUGGAGGGUACUGACAGUGGUGCUGGCAUUGGCUCCGGUCGACUGUUUAGUACACUCUCAUCUUCAGAUGACGAUGAUGCUUCUGCUGCGGACGAGCCUUUAGUUGAUGUUGCUGACCUGACUACGCCACCAGAGCGAUAUACUUCUGUCCCCAGCGACGAGCCUCUGGUUGACAUAGCUGACCUGACAAACCCUUCAGGGAUAGAUGCUUCUUCAGUGAAUGAGCCUCCGGCUGAUGUGGUUGAUCUGCUACAUACUUCAAACGAGCCUUUGGUCAGUUUGGAUGGUCUGCCAAACCAUCCAGAGAUGUGUUUUGGUGGGAGCAGUGGAGAACAUACCGACAGUCUUAUUUAAAGGAUAAGGCCAUGCGGUACUGAUAGUUCAGAGAUGAGCGGAACAUAUAAGUCCAUGCGGCUGAUGUGAACGACAGUCUCAUAUAAGUGUGUUCCAAGUUAUGCAUAAGUUUUUGUACGUAAAUAAGCCUUUGUGUCUGCAUCAGUUUAUACUAAAUACUAUGAAAGCAGAGUAACUUUGGUUUUGGGUUGCUAUUCUCCCGUUUAUGUAAAUCCAUUACAACUAACACUUUGCCGAUAUAACUUUUUACUGUUGCACGUUCUUUUUCAAGUUCUGAGCAUUGCAGGAGAAAGCAAAGUUACUACUUACCAGACGCGCCUAUAUUGGUACCAUUUCAGUUUGAAGUGAUGUCACAUUGUCACCAGACCUGAGUUACAAUCAUGAUGAACAACAUCUAGACCAGACCAGACAAGGUAUGGCAUAACUUCACUGCGUGCUUUAUUAGUAUGUACAGUAAUUUAUUGCAGUAAACUCGUGUCAUUUAACCGCUGGCCUCUGACAGUGACAGGUUAAGCUCGGAACAUGCUGUGUUCUUUUACUUUCGAUGGAACACGCCAUGUUCCUUCCAUAAGUAAGCGAACAGAAGAACAGGCGGCGCUCUGUUCACAUGUGAGCAUGACUGCCACCUGCUGCGCGCCUGCGCUCCGUGUAUAGAACACGGGCUAGCCCUGGUCCUGGCGAAGUCGUCCCGCCAUUAAUACGAGACACGGCCCGGCCCGGCCCGUGCGGCCCAUUAGUGGGUCCGACUCCGUCUUCGCUCUGUCUAGGUUCAAGGAAUAGGUUAUAGGAAUCCAUGGAUUCGCAUUCGCAUCCCCGCGAGAUCACAAACACAAAGAGACACAAGAGAAACAAUAGUGGAUAAACUUUUCUCUUGUUAUUUAGUAUGAGAAGGUAGAUGCUUAUGAUAUACAAAAGUAGAGCCACUUAUGGAUAUGUUUGAUAUUGUGCACUUAACCAUCGUAUGGUUUCUUAAUAUUAUACCA